GAACGGAAUCGAACACCCGCACUUCCAUACUCUGGCUUAAAACCGCCAGAAUCGCCCAGAGGCUCCCUUCCCAAAAGGUACCUUACUAUAAUCGGUGAAGUUACCCCUACAGGGCAUUUUGUAAAUAGUGAUUUGUAAUCUCUGUGUAACACCCGAUCGACCUAUGGAACUGUGGGCUCGGCUGUGUGAAUACCAAGUGGAUUGUAUGGUAGACCCGCUCCUCGGCUUAGUUCCCGAAUGAUAUAAAUACAAGCAGCGACCCCAACAUCAAAGUCUCACUUCCGUCUCAUCAUCUCCAAGCAAAGUCAAACACAUCUGAAAAGCAGCUCCAAACUCAAUUCACCAUGGCCAACCAAGACCAACAAAUCACCUUCUUCGACAUCCCCAGCAAGGAUGGCCGCACAUGGACUCUCAACCCUUGGAAGACCCGCUUCGCCCUCAACUACAAGUCCCUCCCCUACCACACCCAAUGGCUCGAAUACCCCGACAUCCGCCCCACUCUCUCCCCGCACCUCCCGCCCGCCGCCCCCGAGCCCUCCACGAGCUCCUACACCAUCCCCGCCAUCCGCUUCCCCGACGGCACCUACAUGAUGGACUCCAAGACGAUCGCCGUGGCGCUCGAGGAGCGCUACCCGGCUCCGCAGUACCCUUCUCUGCACCUGGACACCCCCGCCCUCGCCAAGCUCGAGUCCCUCAUGCCCGGCAUGAUGGGCAAACUGGUUGGUGUCUUUGUGCCUGGCGCCGUCAAGAACAUUUUGGGUCCCAAGAGCCAGCCGUACUUUAUCAGCACGCGGGAGGCGGCGUUUGGGAUGUCGAUUGAUGAGCUGCAGAAGACGCAGGGCGGGGUCCAAGCUUAUGAGAAGAUCCGGGAGGAGUUGCAGGAGGCUACGGCUUUGUUGAAGCAGAAUACUGCGGGACCGUUCUUCGAGGGAGACAAGGUGUCGUAUGCGGAUUUUGUGUGGGCCGGGUUCUUGCUGUUCAUGAAGUACGCGGACGCGGAAGGGUUCGAUAAGUUGUUGGAGGCCACGGGGGAUAAGGAGGCGAAUGAGAGGUUGUUGGAGGGCGUGAAGCCUUGGGCGAGGGAUGAUAUCUGAUUGUGAUGUGAUGUGGUGAGAAAGAAGCUUGGAGUAAUAGAUACUAUUCUUCCAAUGGGUAACACAACAAGGUUACAACUUUGGAAUAGUGAUAUGAUUGAUUUAUCGCGACGAAGCUCCUAAUCCCGGCGCCUAUGGAAGCUAAGCAUUCCCCAAAGGGUCUCUUUAGCAGGCAUUAAUUUUACUCGGCC